UAUAGUAAUAUCUUUUUGUUGAGUUGUUAGAGAAUGGUAGAUACUUUUGAUGCGUAGUCUGAUCCGCUACUUUUGAUGCUGACUGUACUUGAGUGACCUCCAAAUUAAAUGUAUCUGGUACCAAGAUGAGUAAUUCUGUACCUACUUGUCGUGAACGAAAUUACUCAACUAAUAUAAACACGUGGUUUGCAUAGUAGUGAUUCAUUCUGACAGGUGCAUUGUGAAUGAAACAGCUAGCAUAUAUGUAAUACGAAGACAAUAUUACAAUUGUUUGGAUUUGUCAGUCUUUACUAAACUAUUUGCAUUAUAUCGAUAACAUAACGUUAACGAUGAUGAUUUUACUGAAAAUGCAAUAUUAAUUUAAUUAAUCUAAAUCUAAUACAUAGGUAUUGCGUUGCGCUUCCACACAUGAGCGGGAACGAGACAAACCUACCGUUAGACAACGGGUCUCUUAUUUUAAACUGAGUCCUUUAGGUUAACUUAAGACAGUAAAUGUUAGGCUCUAGGAUAUUAUAUGUAUUGAUUUCCUGAUUGUAUAUUUGUAUUUUUUGACUUUCGGAAGACAUUUGACACUCUGGAGACAAAUGCGCUUAUCAAUGCCAUGAAAGAGUGCGGGGUGGACGAGCCACUGAGCCAGUGGUUCAGUGACUAUCUCACCGCGCGCUCCUACCGUGUGAAGGUGGGGUCGACCCUGGGAGACGAGCGGGGGGUGCGGUGCGGGGUACCGCAAGGCUCGGGAUGCGGCCCGGUGUGCUAUUUGCUGCACGUGGACAGCCUGUGCGGCGUGCUGCGGCACUGCUCCCCGCACAUGUUCGCCGACGACCUGUGCGUGCUGCGCGCCGGCGCCGCCGCCGACCUCGCCGAUACUUGCCGCGCGGUGCAGCAGGACGUCGACGCCGUAGUCAGGUGGUCGCACGACAAUGGCAUAGUGUUAAACUCAGAUAAAACCAAGCUACUAAUUUUACACUCACCUUAUUUAAAUCCCUCCUGUUCGCCAGAGCCAACAAUAGUGACACAUGACUUCUCCUGUUUCCAUAAUAGUCUUUUUAGUUGCCAAUGUAAGCCAAUUGAGCGUGUUAAAUGCAUAACUUAUCUUGGCAUGAGAAUAGAUGAAAACUUUUCUUGGUCAUCUCAUACAGAUUACAUCUGCAGUAAAUUAAGAGUCCUACUUGUUAGAUUUUACCAUCUAAGAUAUAGAGUCCCAAUAAGCACCCUUAAACGUAUUUAUAAUUCACUUGUAGAAUCGAUUAUAGGUUACUCUCUGGAUUGUUAUGGACUCACUUUUAAAUCUAAUAUAGAAAAGAUUGAAAAAUUACAAACACGAUUUCUAAAGCUAUUAGUUAGCAAUAAAACUAAAAACAAAUAUAAAAAUGAUUAUUACAAGUUAUUUAAAAUAUGUAAAAUUCUUCCGGCAACCCUAAGACACAAAUAUUUAUUUUUAGUUAGACAACACGGCAAUCAAGAGAGUAACUUAUAUCAAAUGAGCCAUAACCAUGGCACCAGGUCUAUAGCUGCAGGUAAGUAUGCUGCUCUCAGAGUAAGCAAUUACUAUGGAGACAGGCUCAUCGAGAAGCGCUUACCAUACUUACUCAACACCUUACCUGUAACUAUCAGACAGGAGAAAAAUAAAAAUAAAUUCAAAAGACCUUUGUUCCAACAUUACCUUAACACAUACCUAUCCAAUUUUUGCCUCUACAAAUAAUUAGACUUUAUGAUUAUUAUGUACCUAACCUAGUAUAGCCCCACGGAUCCCACAGUCAAACUGUGCAAACAGUUUUGUGGGACGUUGUAUUUAAUAUUAAGUCAGUAUCCACUGUAUUUUAUUGAAAUAAUAAAAAAAAAAAUGCACCAAACAUUAAAGUUAUCUUCCUUGAGUGGUAAGGUCCUACUACCGUCAUACUGUAAUUAUGAGCCUAUGACGGUUUCACUCAUAGAAACAGAACAGAGGGCCUACCGCGAACCACGCUUGACGUGUUGCCUCUCUGUCGCACUUGUAACUUCGCACGUAAAUGUGACAGGGAAAACGUCGAACGUGGUUCGCGGUAGGCCAUUCGAGGGCCUCACGGGGCUAAUUUUUGAAUUUCGAGCGCUCGAAUUCGUCACUCGAAAAUCUGUGGAAAACGGCGAAUUGAUAUUUUAGAAAUACGAGCAAUAGAAAUUGGGAAUCUAGUGGUAUUGACCACUCGUUUUCAAUUAUAUUAGUAGAAUAUAAAUGCCUAGUAGUGGAGAUAAAUUGAAGGGAAGGGAAAUUACACGAAAUCGGCCCCCAGGCCUAGUUUAGUAAACUAUAUAUGACACUUCCUUCAAAAAAAAAUUACGUUUCAGAAAUCUAAAUAAACGUUAUAAAAUUCCUUGUAGAUCUUGUUGUUUUCCGCAAAUAUUGACCUUGAAAUGUGUUCCGCGGUCUAACGUCACCGCUGAAGAUGGCAUGUUAUGUUUCCUAUACGUAAUAUUACCCAUUAUCUCAUUGUGAUGUACAGACAGCGGUUCGAGGUGACUUAGAAUUCAAUGCUAGAUAUCAACGGCAGCGACUGAAAACUUCGAAUGAACAAUACUUCCUGAACGCUGUCGAAUUGAAUCUGGCAUACAUUUAAAUAAGUAAACGUAAUUCUUACAUUCAAGGUUACGUUUUGUGGUGGUGGUGGUGUUA